AUGAAUACAAACUUUACUCCAGCAUUCUACAAUGGCACUGGUUCUUUGACUACUGGAUUUUAUUUAAUAGCUUUUGAUACAUUGGACAAUAAGAACUACCUAAUCUUGGUCUUAUCUUUAAUUUACAUAUGUACACUAUUAGGUAACCUUACAGUGUUAUUAGUUGUGUUCUUAAACCAAAGUCUACACAAUCCAAAAUAUAUCUCUGUUUGCAAUUUAGCUGUGGUGGACAUCAUUAUGAGCAGUGUUAUAAUUCCUCAAAUGGUGCCGGUCUUUGUGUUUAACUGGAAUUUGAUUUCAUUCCAGGCUUGUUUUACUCAGAUGUUCUUUAUGCAUUAUUUUGGUGACUUGGAAUCCUUUUCACUUGCUGUUCUGGCGUACGACCGGCUCAUUGCUAUAUAUUUCCCGCUGCGCUACUCAACCAUAAACACAAACAUGAGGAUUUUUGUAAUCCUGACAGUAAUAUGGGCAGCUGUUUUCUGCCUGGAAAUGUACUCUGUGGCAUUAGCUGCCAGUCUGCCCUAUUGUGCAUCAAGAAUUAUUAGAAGCUGUUGCUGUGAACAUGGGCCUGUAUAUAUACUAGCUUGUGCAGAUAUUACUUUUAAUAGAAAACUGGCCACUGCCAAAACAUUAAUUGUGUUGUUUGGUCCGCUGUCCUUCAUCUUCAUCACCUACAUCAUAAUAGUAAUUGCUGUGCAAAAGAUAGCCUCAGCAAAGCAGAGGAAAAAAGCAUUUAACACGUGUUUCACCCACAUGCUUUUGGUGUUGACCUAUUACCUUCCAGUAAUACUUGCAUACAUACUGGGAAAUCUGCGUUUGGUAAAGUCAUCUGAUCUCUUCACUGCUAUUCUUACCGUGUCUGUGGCAUUGCCCCCUAUGUUAAACCCUGUUAUCUACAGCCUAAAGACUGAAGAACUGAGUGAAAAAAUUAUGAAGCUUGCUGGAAGGCACAAAACUUCACCUGAAUCACUGAAAAAAGUAUCAAGCUAA